AUGUUUACAUCCUAUUUUCCAACAAACGAAAAACAACUUAUUAAUUCUGUUUGUGAAAAACUUCAUUCGGAACAAUUAACAUCAAGACAAUUAGUUCAAUUUAUUGAUUGUGCAUUUAAAUUACAACAUUCAAAGGUUAUAACAGAACGGAAAAUAGAUUUACCAUCUGUUUUACUUUCAGCUUAUGAACUUGUUUUUGAUAGUGAUUCAACAAAAGUACGAACAUCAUCUGUUAAAUCAUAUUUGGAAAAAGAAGCAAAACAUGGUUCUAUUAAUUUCUUUGAUUUUUCAAUUCCGGAAAAAGUACGUGAAGAACAUCGUGAACAUAUUAUUGAUCCUGAUAAAACACCAACACGCUACGAUGCAGCUAAACGUUUAUGUGCAUCUGUUAUCUGUUCACGUCCUGUACUUCAUGAAGGUCCUGCUGCAACAGGUAAAACAAGUUUAGUUGAAUAUCUGGCACAAUGUGAUAAUAAAAUUCUAUAUCGAGUUAAUAAUACAAAAGGUACAACUGUACAAGAUUAUUUCGGUUCAUAUAUGCCAACUGGUGAAUUUCUAAACGGAGCAUUAUCUCGUGCCAUGCUUGAUGGAGAUUGGUUUGUUGCCGAUGAAUUUGAUUUAGCUGAACCAGCUGUAAUGAAUGUUUUGUAUCCAAUUUUGGAAGGUCAACAAUAUCUUACUGUACCAAAUACUGGUCAAACAUUAAUGGCACGUGAUGGAUUUCGUUUUUUUGCAACACAAAAUGGCACGAGUUAUGUCGGACGAAAACAAUUACCAAAAACAUUACGUUCACGAUUUUUAGAAAUACAAUUUCAUUCAUUUACUGAAAAAGAACUCGAAUUUAUAAUUAUUCAACGAAAAUCAACAUCAACUGUAUCAAAAUCAUCGGCAGUAUUCGAUGAUGAUUUGAAAAAAGUCGCACCACAAAUAGCAUCAAUGGUUACAAAUUUGAAUCGACAGAUCAUUGAGAAACAACAACCAAUUUUAGGUGCACCAAAACUUGGUUUAACAAUGCGUGAAGUUAUUAAAUGGAUCAAUCGAAAACAACGAAAACCCGAUGUCGAUUGGUACGAACAUGCUUUGAGAUUAUUAGAAUCACGUGUACCGAAAAACCUCAAUAGUGUGUUUAUCACAUGUCUACAAACUUCAUUUGGACAAUUGAUUGAUCCGCCAUCUCAUGUUAAAAUUGAGGGUAAUCAAAUAUCACUUAAUCGUCCACCUAGUUUACCAAUAUCAUAUACAUUUACUAAUUUGGACGCAGCAAUCAAUUUACAAUUAUCGUCAGCACCACAAAAGUUGUUACUUUCACUUUGGCGUGUCUUUGCCGCUGUCGAACAACAUGAACCAAUUCUUUUACUUGGACCAACUUGUUAUAAAUCCGAAUUGAUCAAAAUCUGGUCAAAGUUAAUGGCAAAAGAAUCCGAACUUUGUAUAAUUACUUGUUCAACAUCAACCGAAACAAAUGAUCUCAUCGGAUCGAUUAGCAUGCGUUAUAUCGGUUUUGAACGAUAUUCAGUACGUAUGAAUUCCAGAUUUCUAAGAGGGGCUGAAACUGUAGAAACUAAAACCCCUAGGCCAUAUACACAAGCUGAUGCUUUGAGUUUAUUAUUGAACUGUUUGAAUCAACUCUAUAAACGUGCGAAAAAGAAUCUAUCAAAAAAUGCUUCUGCAAUAGAUUUUAACAAAUUUACCAAAUUUCGUACAAAUUGUGAUGCAUUUGCUGUUGAUAUUGGUAAAUUUAUUAGUGGAAUCAAAAAACAACAAGAGAAAAAGAAAGUUCGAAAACAUCAAACAACAAAAAAUAUCGAACAACCAUCUGCACCAAUUGCUAUAUCGGAAAAUGUCAAAGUCGAUCCUGAACCAAGUCAAACAAAUGAUUUCACACCUUUGCCAACAUCUAAUUUACCUCCGAAGUCGACAACAACAACAAAUCAAUUCAACAGUACGCAAAAACACUCCACUGAUGAUAAUGACAAUGAAUAUUUUGAAAAAAUUUAUCGUACUAAACACGUUGUCGAUAUGAUGGUGAAUGAUCAAGACGACGUUGAUCCAUUCGAAGUAACAGACAAUGAUCAAAUUGAGGCUGAUCCAUUUACGAUAGUUUACAAUCAUCCUGAAGAAGAGGAGAUUGAUCCUUUCAGUGUACGUUCAGCCGUUCUAACAAAACCAGAAGAAGAAGAUGAAAUUGAUCCAUUUAGCGCAGGUCAGCCAUCGCAACUUUCAGAUGAUGAAAAACUUUUAGAGUUUUAUAUGGGAGCACAAUCGGAUGAUCAAUCAACGACACAUUUUUGGACUUCUUCAUUUGGUACGAAAACUAAUCCUGUUGCUGAAGCAUUUCAAUCAAUUAAAAAUCGACUUGAAAUAAUUACUGCAGGCCUCGAUGACAUAUGUCGUAUUGGAUCGGAUGAAAAUGGUAUUCUGUUAAUAAAAGCUCGUUGUGAAAGUAUAAUUAUCGAAAUUGAACGAGCAAUUGAACAAGGAAAAUCGAAUAUUUUCUUAUUUCAAGAUGGUCCAGUUACAAGUGCUGUUAAAGAGGGUAAAGUAUUAGUUUUAGAAGAUGUUAAUGAACCAUCUCAAGCUGUUAUCGAACGUUUAAAUAGUUUAUUCGAAACUGAAUCAUCAUUUAUCCUCUAUGAAGAUUUUACUGCUCAACAAUCCAAAACAACAAAGAUCAAUCCACAAUGCGCAAAAUUUUCAAUCUUACCAACAUUUCAAAUAUUUGCUACGGUACAUACCGAUGAAAAAACCGAAAAUCGUUUACAAUUGAGUGCAGCAACACAUUCAAGAAUGACAGAAAUACGUGUUCAACCAUAUGAUAACAAUGAACUCAAACAAUUAGCAAUGAAAUCAACAGUGAAUACAAUUUCUGAUAAACAUAUUGAGAAUCAAAUGACUCAAAUUAUUAAUACUUUAGCUGAUAAUCUUGCACCACAACUUGCUCACGCAAUGAAAAUUGAUUCAUUAGAUUCACGUCAUUUUGUUCGAUUUGGUGAAUGUUUACGUUUACAUCUUGAACAUAUGCCAAUCGAACAAGCAGCUGCUAUUUGUGUGAAAUUUUUAUUUCUUGAUAGUAUUAUAGAACCAAAACAAUCAACGACUUCAAAUAUACAUUCAUCAAAUACAAUCUGGCAAAAAGUACUUACUGCAUUUAAAUGUGAAAAGAAUUUUCUAUCAAUCGGUGAAAAAGAUAGUACUACAACUGAAGGAAAAGAUUCUAUUACAACUGAUGAAAAUCUCGAAAAAGUAGGUGUUUAUAAAGAUCUAAGUCAAUGGUGUUCAGUCGAAGAAAUGACAAUAGUCGAUACAGAAACAAAACAAUUACGAACGCAUUGGGGUUUACGAUUGAAGUCAAAUAAUUUAAUAGCACCAUUUGCACCACAUAUACAAUCACGCCCUGAAAAUCUUCGUUUUUCUCUUGCUCUGACAAAAUCAGUUUUAAAUAAUAUAUCACGAAUUAUAUUUUCAUUACAUUCAUCCAAUCGGCAAUUACUUGCUGGUCCACCAGGUGUUGGUAAAACAAAAAUUAUCGAAGUUUUAGCUAAAAUGUUAGGUUAUGAAGUUGUUCGUAUUAAUUUUAGUAGUAAUACAGCAUUUGAAGAUCUUAUUGGUUCAUUCGUACCACGCGUUGUUAAUGGUCAACGAUCAUUCGAAUUUCAAGAAGGUCCAUUAUAUACAUCAUUGAAAAAAAAUCGUCGAAAUACAGUUAUUCUACUCGAUGAAUUAAAUUUAGCAAGUAAAGAAUUAUUAAAUCAACUGAUGCCAUUAUUUGCUAAUGAAAAUGAAUUAUUCAUACCAGCAUUAGCGAAAUCGAUUCCAAUCGAUGGUUCAAUUAUUGUAGCAGCUAUGAAUCCAGCAUCGAUUGGUGGUGGACGAGAAAAAUUGCCUCGAUCAACUCAAGCACAUUUUAUUCAAGUUCAAUUGUCUACAUUUGAAGUACGUGAACUGAUGUAUAUUACAAUAUCAUUAUUGCAUCCGCAUUUGGUUGCUGGUUAUUUAACAGAGAAUUUAGUUGAAAAAAUCAAUAUGUUUCAUUAUGAAAUAAGUGAAAAAGCUCGAUUACGACAGAUUGGACGACUUGGUGGACCAUAUGAUUUUAAUCUUCGUGAUAUAGAAAAAUUAUCAAAAUUAAUUGCUGCACAUUCGCUUACACAUCGUGCUCAUAUGAAUCUUUCAGAAGAGGUAACAUCAACAACAACAACUACAAAUACAGUUGAUGAUGACAAUCUACGUAAAAUUGAAGAACAAAAUAUAAUUCGUAGUCUACAAGUUUAUCUUGACAUUGUUUAUACUUCUAGAUUUGAAUAUGUUCAAGAUCAAAAUUUAGUUCAUGAGAUGAUUCGACAACAAUUUCCAUUGGAUACGAGUUCCACUACUACGAUAGUUAAUAAUCGUAAAGAACUUAUUGAUAGUGAUUUAAAUCUACAGGGUUAUGCACGUCUUGGAUUCGUGUAUAUUGAAAAGAAAGAAUAUCAAUCAGUUUAUCGGCCUUUAGUUCAUAGUCAACGAACCUUAGAAAAAUUACAAUUAUUAGCAGCAGCUACAGUUAGUAAGGCAACUGUUUUAAUUGAAGGUGGUGAUUGUUCAGGUAAAACAGCACUUGUCUGCGAAUUAGCUCGAAUAUGUGAACGACGAUUACUUGUUCUAAAUUUAAAUCAUGAAACAACAACUUCAGAUUUACUUGGUUCAUGGACAGUAAUUAAUAAACAUUCAUAUGAAAAACGUCGAAAACAGAUUAGUGAACAAUUACUCAAUGAUAUUGUUCGUUUUGCAUUAGCAGUUCUAAUACCAUUAUCACAACAAUUUUAUGAGGUCGAACAACUUAUUCGAACAAUUACAUGUUUAAUUCAUCAAUGGGAACAUGGUAAGUGA